AGUUGUUAAACUUUGUAACAUAACCAGAAAGAAAUGAAACGAUUGACAAACACUAAAUCAAAUCAAACUGCCAACUUGUCCUUUAUUUAGGCCAUGUUCCCAAGAAUCAUCCAGCUUUUUUUAUUACUGUCAUUUUGCUUCUCUAUACAAACUCUCCCCAUUCUUAGCUUUCCAGUUUUCUGUGGGCCCUUUCCUUCAUGUGCUUCCUCCUCCUCCUAAACUUCAUCUCUGCAAAAACCCUACAACAUUUCACAAUGUUUCUCUUAAAAUCUUGAAAAAAGUUUGAAUUUUUGCUAUAAAGAACACUUGGUUUCUUGUUUUUUUCAUAUUGUCUUGUCAAAAAGUUUCAAUCUUUCCACAAGAAAUGAACACCCUUCUUGUGUUAAAGCUUGUGUUUCUCUAAAAAUCUUGAAAAAAGUUUGAAUUUUUCCUGCAAAAUUUUGCUUUAAAGAACACUCGGUUUCUUGUUUUGUCAAAAAGAUUCAAUCUUUACAAAAGAAAUGAACACCCUUCUUGUGUUAAAGCUUGUAUCUUUACUUGUUCUUGGGAUUUCUGCAUUUUUUUGUAGUGUUGAGUCUCAAGAUGAUGAUGCUUCAGUGAUGUUAGUUUUGAAAAAGAGCUUAAACCCACCUCAGGAAUUGGGUUGGUUGGACCCGGAUCCAUGCAAAUGGAACCAUGUUGGUUGUUCAGAUAAACGGGUCACCCGGAUCCAAAUUGGGCGCCAGAACAUUCAAGGUACUCUCCCUCAAGAAAUCUCUAAACUUACUGAACUUGAACGUUUAGAGCUUCAAGGGAACAAUAUUUCUGGUCCUUUGCCUAGUUUGAGUGGUUUGAGUUCAUUGCAAGUGUUACUGCUUAGUGAAAAUCAGUUUAGUUCAAUUCCUGCUGAUUUCUUUACUGAUAUGUCUUCAUUACUAUCUGUUGAUAUUGAUAAGAACCCUUUUGUUGGCUGGGAGAUCCCUGAGAGCCUUAGAAAUGCUUCUUCACUUAAAAACUUUUCAGCAAAUUCAGCAAAUGUAGUUGGGAGAAUUCCUAGCUUUUUCAGUCCUGAUGAGUUUCCUGGAUUGGUAAAUUUACAUUUGGCUGGGAAUAACUUGGAGGGUGAGUUUCCCUCCAGUUUUUCUGGCUUGCUGCUUGAGUCUUUAUGGCUAAAUGGACAGAAGCUUACUGGAGGAAUUGAUGUUCUAACAAACAUGACAUUCCUGAAGGAGGUUUGGUUGCAUUCCAAUAACUUUUCGGGGCCGUUGCCAGACUUUUCAGGAUUAAAGGCUUUGGAGACAUUGAGUCUUAGAGAUAAUGUCUUUACAGGUCCUGUGCCAAGUUCUUUGGUGAAUCUUGAGUCUUUGAAGUUUGUUAAUUUGACGAAUAAUUUGUUUCAAGGACCAAUGCCGAAUUUCAAAGGUUCUGUUGUUGUUGAUUCGGCAGAAGGUAUAAACAGCUUUUGUUUGCCACAACCAGAUGAUUGUGAUCCUAGAGUAAAUACACUGCUUUCAAUUGCAAAAGCGAUGGAUUAUCCAAUGAAUUUUGCGAAGAACUGGAAGGGUAAUGAUCCCUGUGCUGAUUGGUUUGGUCUUACUUGCAGCAAUGGUAACAUUACAGUCAUAAAUUUCCAGAAAAUGGGGCUUUCAGGAACAAUUUCUCCUGAGUUUGCUUCACUGAAGUCAUUACAAAAAAUAGUUCUUGCAGAUAAUAAAUUGACUGGUACAAUUCCAGAGGAGCUGACCACAUUGACAGGCCUUGCAGAGUUAGAUGUGUCAAACAAUCAAUUUUAUGGAAAGGUACCUGCUUUUAGGAAAAAUAUGAUUCUGAAAACUAGUGGUAACCCUGAUAUUGGAAAGGAUAAGAGUGAUGCACCUUCCCAAGGCAGUACUCCAGGUGGUUCAACAGGCUCUGGUUCUGACGAUGGAAAUGCCCAAGCAGCUCGUAAAAAGUCCAAUCGCUGGGUUGGAAUUGUUGUGUUUUCUGUAAUUGGGGGUGUAUUUAUGCUUUGUUUGAUUGGAGUGGCAGCUUUCUGCCUCUACAAAAGCAAACAAAAGCGUUUUAGCCGAGUGCAAAGUCCUAAUGCUGUGGUGUUGCAUCCACGCCAUUCUGGUUCUGACAAUGAUAGUGUGAAAAUCACCGUUGCAGGAUCCAGUGUCAGUAUUGGUGCAGCUAGUGAAACUCAUACUGUUUCUGCUAGUGAAGCCGGUGAUGUUCAAAUGGUUGAAGCAGGGAAUAUGGUGAUUUCCAUUCAAGUACUGAAGAAUGUGACCAACAAUUUUAGUGAAGACAACAUACUAGGCCGGGGAGGCUUUGGCACUGUCUACAAAGGGGAGUUACAUGAUGGGACGAAGAUUGCAGUCAAAAGAAUGGAAAAUGGAAUCAUCACUGGGAAGGGACUCACUGAAUUCAAAUCUGAGAUUGCUGUUUUGACUAAGGUCAGGCAUAGGCAUCUUGUUGGACUACUCGGGUACUGUCUUGAUGGGAAUGAGAAACUUCUAGUCUAUGAAUACAUGCCUCAAGGAACAUUAAGCAGUCAUCUCUUCAACUGGGCAGAGGAAGGGCUUAAACCCCUGGAAUGGACAAAAAGAUUGACCAUUGCAUUAGAUGUUGCUAGGGGUGUAGAGUACCUCCAUAGUUUAGCCCACCAGAGUUUCAUUCACAGGGAUCUGAAGCCCUCAAAUAUUCUUCUAGGGGAUGAUAUGAGGGCUAAAGUUGCAGAUUUUGGCCUUGUCAGACUUGCUCCGGAAGGGAAAGGUUCUAUAGAGACAAGGAUUGCUGGGACAUUUGGAUAUCUGGCACCGGAAUAUGCAGUAACUGGGAGAGUGACAACCAAGGUGGACGUGUUCAGUUUCGGUGUGAUUUUGAUGGAGCUUAUCACGGGAAGAAAGGCUCUUGAUGAAAGCCAGCCAGAGGAGAGCAUGCAUCUUGUAACAUGGUUCCGAAGAAUGCAUCUGAAUAAGGAUACAUUCAAAAAGUCAAUUGACCCAGCGAUUGACCAGAGCGAGGAAACACUCGCCAGCGUCAGCACUGUAGCUGAGCUAGCUGGGCACUGCUCUGCAAGGGAGCCAUAUCAAAGGCCUGACAUGGGCCAUGCUGUCAAUGUUCUUUCAUCUCUUGUGGAGCUCUGGAAACCAUCCGAUGAGUGUUCAGAGGACAUAUACGGCAUUGAUCUCGAUAUGUCACUGCCCCAAGCGCUUAAGAAGUGGCAGGCUUAUGAAGGUACAAGCCACAUGGAUUCGUCCUCUUCUUCUUACCUUCCAAGCUUGGAUAACACUCAAACUAGCAUACCUACUCGCCCCUACGGAUUUGCCGAGUCAUUUACAUCUUCUGAUGGUAGGUGAGAAGUUGACACUGUUUUUCUAGGUUUGGCUGUUCAUUCUAUCUGUUUUCUUCCUCGUCGCGAGUCACACAACAUUUUUUUUUUUUGCUUUUAACUCUGAUGCUUUUACCUUAACUCAUUGUUAGUUUUGGAACUGUGGUGGAUAGGGAUUCUUUUUUAGAUUUUUGUUGUCUUUCGUCUCUUAUUGUAUGAUGAAUCUCUCUCACUCUCCAUGUGAAUACAUUGUGGUUUGGUUGGAAAUGAAAGGGAUGUCAUCAAUUACCAGUAGACCAUGGUACUUUUGUAUUCUUGAAUUGUUUUUUGUUAGAAAAAUAGUAGGUGCAAGCUGUAUUGAAAUGUAAA